AUGAAGAAAGUGCAACGCUUCAUGGGCGUCGGUGACUCCAAGCCCGCCUCGGCCCCGCUGAGCGUCAGUCCUGGCAAAUCGUUCCUCAACGUCGGCGUCAACUCCACCACGCUUGCUUCGACGCAGUCAGCUGAUGGUGCUGCAGCAUCCCUCAGCUACGAUUCCACCUCGAGCCGCCUCUUGCCGCCCUCCCAGUCCGCACAACCCGCGCAGCUGUCGCCACAGCAGAGUCGGCCGGGCUCUCGACAAGUCUCACCCCAGACUUCGCAGAGUCUCUUGCGUCCAUCCCUCGCCUCGCCACAGCCCAAGAGUCCAACCGCUCAACAGCAAUACUUUGAUCUUCCUAUCAAUGGCGCUUCUCCGAACGGUGCCGCAAGCCCACGUCCUCUCUCUCCGCUCGCCCUGCCCGUUCUGAACCACGCAGCUUCCACUUCGACGCUCAAUCCGACCUCAAACUCGGUCGACGUCAGCCUCGUUGAGCGCGCCGACUUGCACAAGUCUCUCAAAGCAGUCGAGUCGCUCCUCGUCAACCUCGACGAAUAUCGCGACCUCUCGGCUCGCCUUGCUAAGGUCGAACGGAAGCUCGCAAAGAGCGCUUCGGAGCUCGAACGCACAAAGGUGGUCCUCGAAACGCCCUCUCAAACACUCCAACUCACCUCGACCAUGUUCGAGGGCCUUGCCGAAGUCUCUUCUCGCCACGCCAAGCACGUGCAACGGGAGUACGAGGCAGUCAACGACGCCUGCGCAAAGUACUUCAAGAAGGUCGCAAAGGAAGAGCGCGCGCACGACGAGCUGAUUCACACUCUCGACGCAAAGAUCAAAAAGGCAAACGCCGCACACGAAAAGAACGUCAAGAAAGCCUCACCCAACAAGGCUCUCGAAUCGCACGACAAGUACGUCGCGACCGUUCAGUCGCUCACCAACGACAUGGGUCGAGCCAAGAACACACAUGCCCUCUCGAUGGCCGCAAAGAGCCACGUCUCGUCUCUGCUCGUCGCCAGCACCGUCGGUGGUCUCGCCGAUGUCGAGUUCAAACAUCGAUGCGAAUCGGUGCGCCGCAUCGGUCCACAUGUCGGCAAGCUCAACGAGCUUCUGUGCUUCACCUCGUCCGAAUUCAUGCCUGCCCUCCAGGCUGCCGAAUCGACCCAAGUGGAACAAGGUCAGGCUGAGUACCUCGCCAGCCUCACCGCCCAGGUCGAGGCUUCCGUCGCCGUUCAAGCGCAGAUCAACGCAAAGAUCAACGAGGACACGCAGAUCAUCUUGCGAGCUCAAGAGAUGGGCUGGCGUCCUCCUUCGCCCUCCGCACCUCUAGCAGUCGAUGACGCUGCCGAUCUUGGUCGCAGCACAAGCAUCAACAGCAAUGUGAGCCGAGGAUCCGAAACCUCACCGAACCAUCGUCCACCGUUGCAACACGCACUGUCCAAAAGUAAACUCGCCGAGGGCAGCACUGCGAACUCUACCAUUGUAGCAUCCACGCUACCUAGAACUUCUUCCUUGAGGCUGCAACCUCAGCGAGAGACGGGACGAACGCUGCACCAACCAUCGGCAAUGACCGGGCCAACUUCUUCGCCACCGCCAGUCGAGAUGGGGGCUGCGUCCCUUCGCAGCGUCGCCACCGACCAGACUGCUCGUCCUGACAACGGCACUGCCGGUCAAUCUUCUUCGCUACCUCCGUCAAACCAAUCCAGCAUCCUGCUCAACCCACCCAGCGCCACUGCCAGCCUCGUUCGCGCACCCACAGACUUGACCAUCAAGUCCAUGGCGGCACAGCCUCAACUGUGGGAGACAACUUCUCCUUCUUUGAGCUCUUCGGCCAUCAGCGCAUCCUCUAUUCAGCCCUCGAAUGCCGACAGACUUGCAAACAACGCGUUGCAGGUGCACGACCGCGACGGCAACAACUCUUCGGCGACGGAGGGCAGCAUCAUUGACAAGCUAUCGGUGCCGCGCGAAGACUCGGACGCUGUUGCUCCUAGCCUCAGUGCGACCAACAGCGCACAGGGCUCGGAAGAUGGCAACCGGAUCCCGCGGACCCCCGACGAUAGCGAGGGAAUUCUUCUCAUGCAGCAGCAAAAACCACAAAUCCCCAAGGGACACCACAACGCUUCGCCCAUAGUCAGCGCGGCAGAACCCGGCCGUGCUGGAGUCGUCACUUCGCCCAAGGUGCGGCCAGCCCAACGCGCACUUGAGCAGUACAGGGAGCACACCACAAAGGUCGAAACGUCGCCGACUGCCAACUUUGCUCAGGACAGUGCCUCCAUGUACAACGUCGCCUCUGGACUAGGUCAGUCUGACAGCCUCUACGAUGCUCAGAGCCAACGGAACGCCGCCGCUGCCGCUGCCGCUGCCGCUCUCGAUCAGGCCAAUGCUCGCAAGAUAAGUCUAUGGGAACGCGAGCGCGAGCGCAUGAGACAGCUCGAACGGGAAGACGAGCUCGCAGCUGCGCGAACGCCCAUGUCUGCCACCGUCGAACUCGGCUACCAGCGUCCAGCCUCAGCCAUCUAUUCCAACCCUCCGACAUCAUCGACCUUCAACAACAACGGUGGCUGGUCGCGCUCGAGAAUCAGCGACAGUGGUGUCAACGACAAGAGCGCUUCCUCGCAGCUUGGUCUCGGAUAUCCGCGUGCGUCCGGCGCAGAUGUCCGCGAUCACGAUCUCGACCGGUACGCUCCCGCGGUGGGAUCGACACGUCUUUCUGCGGUGAGCGUCACCCGAUCGCUUAGCACCGAUACCACUGCAUCGGAACGCAGCUUUGUGGCGCGCAUGAAGGCUCGCUACCAGGCGGAGAAGGAUAUCGAGCGCGAACAGCGAGAGCUCAACGUGCUCGAGAAGGAACGCGCCGCACGGAGGGUCACCAUGGACCCCACCUUGUCGCUUCCCUCGAUGACCGGCGCCCGCGGUCGAGUGCCGGAGAUUGCGUCGCGCUAUCAGAUGUCUGGUGCCGGCACGUAUGCGCAGGAGGUCAGCUCCGGCCGACGCUAUCACGACAGUCUCCCCGCCAACGCUCAUUCGGGCGGCAGCGGCGGUGGCUCGCGAAUCAAUGACAUUUCAUCUUCGCCCUCUGCGGCCAUUUUCAGCGGAAACGUCGACGAAUUUGGCGGCAUUAUCAGGGACAGUCGAAUGCUUCCUUCAGGUCGACGCAGCAUGGAACCACCUCACUCGGACGUGUGCGGUUGUCACCAAUGCUCUGGACGCCACUACGGCAGCGGCACGACCAGAAUGGAUGAUAUGGAUCGUCAAGAGGCUCCUCCGGCUGCAGUUUCGGCGCGAAGCAAUCCUCGCGAGUACAACGUCCGUCGCACCACGAUGCCUGUGCUGUCCCGUGAGGAGCAGUACGCAAAGCAGCAAGCAUACCCUUCGUCGCCUCCGCGCGCUUCGCCUCGCGAAGCUUAUGCUCAAGAAGGCUAUUCUUACCGCGGGCAGCAGCAACAACAGCUGCAAAUGCCGGGUGGUCGUGACGCAGGAUUGCCUCGUCGAAGCUACGAGGGGCUGGGACCGAGCUCAGACAUUGGUUCGAGAAGGGUCGUGUUUGCGCAUGAACCACAGACGAUUCGUUGA